UUCCUGGUAGGUGCAGCUGAAUAGGCACCCAUGAAUCUAUUCUCUCGGACUUAGAUGCCGGCCUCUUCUUUUAAUGUGACUCCAACGACGAUGUGGGGGGGAUAACUAAGGCUAGGGGCCUCUGCUUCUGUCCCGGGAAGAUGUUCUCCAAGAACCGCUUCAAUGGACAACACGGAACACCCGUUGCACCCAAAGGGGACACCAAGGAACGGGUUCGCAAAAAGAGGGCCCCCAACCCCAGGGUAGCGCUUGUCAUUCGGGAGAAGAUCCACCGCCUGCUCCAAGGAUCCGGCCAGGAACUACCCGCCCCAGACCUUUACUAUGCUGGGAUCGAGGAGGAGGGGGGAGGAGAGGGACAGGACAAGAGAAAGGAGGCCACAAAUAUUUUUGUAAGGUGUGGGCCCAGAGAGGAAGUUUGCUCCUCGAGGAUCCCCAACUGUAAGGCACAUGGAGGGGUGUCAAGGGCUUCCUGCAUUGGGGAGGUGGAGCUGAACAGAGAGGGCUGUGUCAGGAUCCCUUGCACUCUGCAGCACAAUAGCAGAAGCCAAUCUCCAGGGAAGCAGAAAUUGAGUAUCCCGGACGGGAUUAGGACUGUCCCAGAAAAGAGACGAACACCCAAACACCAGAAAUGGAUAAUCCCGGCAGGUAUCCGGACCAUUCCAGAACAGAGAAGAGAAGUCCUACACCAGAACCGGAUUAGCCCAAACAGAAACAGCUCAAUGUUUGCCGCAGAGGCAGGGGCAGCAGGAGGGAAGGCUGACUUCGGUCGGACCCGUGCAGAUCAAAAGAGACCUGUUUCUAUGGGUGACUAUGUGGAUUACAACUUCAACAGAACACGGCACGAUACUCUGCUGGAGGUGGACGAGGAAGAAGAAGACGAGGAGGAGGAGGAAGAGGAGGAAGAGGAGUCUAGUGCCAUCAUCGAGCACAUUCUCAAAGAGCUGAGAGGGAUCAACAAAAUCCAGGAGGAGAUCUCGGACCUGCGAGAUUACCUUUCAUCCGUGCGUGGCUCUGUAGAGGAGGUGUCUUCCUGUGUGGAUGCUGUGCUCCUGGAGAUAGAGGGCAUUCGCUCAGGAAACAAGGCUAGUGGCAGUCCAGGAGAUGGGGCUUGGUCUGGGGCAGCAGGAGGCAGUGACAGAUCCUCCUUCACCCCUCACCAGAGGCCUGUCAGCGCCUACGGCAGUUUAGGCAGGCAGAUGGUGCCUUCAGAUUCCAAUGUCUGCCGACCGUCCGUCUUCAGCCAACGCCACAGCAUCCACGGGAUGCCAGUGGAGUUCCACUUGCCAACAUUAGAAGAGAAGUCUACCACAGUCUCGCCAGGCACCGAAUUAGUGGAGCCUGUUGGCCAGCAGCAGGAGGAGGAUGAGCUGCCGAAACACAGCAUCCCAGAGCCCACCAUGGUCAGCAAACUGAGCUGUGGCUACCUGGAGCGGCAGGACGACCAGGACUUCCCAAGCACCAGCUCCCUAUCCUCAGAACACAGCAUCAAUUCAGAGUCGGUCCUUGAGAGACCCUCAUCCAGCCACGGUGCAAUGCGUGGUGGUGCUAGAGGUGGUAGUAGGGGUGGUGGGGUGGAGAGCUGGGGUGGUGGUGGCCAAGAACAUGGUGGGACUGAGACGACUAUAUGGUGUGAAGAACAAUGUUAUUCCAGACAGAGGAGUCUGGAAGAGCAGGAAGGAGAGGGGCCUGCCUGUUUGGAGGGGACAGGGAGCUGGGAUCGGUAUAGGGGCUCAUAUGGGUAUAGUACUGGUACCCUGGCCGAGUCCUCCACAGGAAGCUCCGACCUCCACUCUCUCCACUCCUCUGGACUACACUACAACUCCCCCGCCAGCACUUCCAGUCGCGAGGAGUGGCGCUGCCAUAGACGGAGGCUGCAACAACAUCAUGGGACUCAAGUUCCCACAGACAUCCACUCAGAGUACCCCAGCCUGGGAUACAAGGGUGCUGCCGAUUGCUUAUUUCCCCAGAGCUCUGGUUACCACUCAGUGGAAGGACAUACAGAAGGAGUGGAGAGCUAUGGCUACACAGCUCCCCCCACAGAUCUCAGCUACCCAACUGACUGCCAAGUAGAUAGUUACCUGGAGAACUAUUCUGGCCAUGAGCACGACAUGACUGAAGAGUUUACAGAGGUGACCAGUACCUGGAGCUCACUACAGGUGACCUGUACUACUGUGGCUGAAACAGACAUGCCAUUGGUCAGUACAGAUGAAGGAGUUAUGCUAGGGCACCUCCCGCGCCCUAACAGUGCAGAGAUCCAAAACGUUGGUUUUAACGUGAAGCGAAUCGGGCGAGCCGUGCUGGACUUCAGCUCCGCCCUGCGGGAGGCACUACGCAAGUUGGAAGGACCCGGAACCGACAAGAGUCCUGGAGAUGAGACUGAGCCCACAAGCUUUUUGGUGGAGUCUCAAACAAACCUACCCCACGCAGAUAUGUCCCAAACGUCAAAAGAGGAUGGGUUGGACCCAGGGGCCUUGGAUGACACAGAGAGACUAACCCAGACCUGUGUCCUCUCCUCUGCCCCCUCUGCCCCCUGCCCAGGUGAAACCCUGCCAGAGGAGGUCAGCGACGGCCACCAACAGGCUCAAGAUGACCCUUACGGACCUUCUCUCCUUCCUUACUCCGGACAGGACGUUUCCCAAACAGGCCUAGACUUUGCGUCACUUGGCCCAGAGCCUAUGGUCUCCCCACCCAAUGCAGAGGCAGAAGAAAAAGGAGCCUAUCCUCUGCCUCAGGGCCCAACACACACCCCCACUCGGAACAUCUCUCUAUCGCAAUGCACCACUGUAGAGUCCCUCUCACUCUCCUUCUCGGCUGAGGAGCCGGCACCCCAGGAGGAGCAGGGAGACGAACCCCCAUCCCUGUCGCUGCCACAGCCCGACACAGAAGACCCAGAAGUCCCAGAUACGCCUGCAGCCCCAGAAGGCGAAGCAGCAAGAGAUGCAGUGGGAAAGGCAGAGAGAGCAGAGGAGCACACCCUGGAGAUAAGGGAGGUGCGGAGGCUGAAGUGCCUGAGGACCUUCCAGCAGAUCCUUCGGGAGAAGAGGGAGUCACGGCGCCAGCUCACCAGCAUGACCAUGUCCACCUUCAAGGAGGACAACCUCAUUCCAGAUGGAAGUCGACAUGACGAUCAGGGCCGAGACAGAGAUGGAGAGCCCAGCAAGCACCCGUGGACCAAGCCUGC